AUGGACUGGCAUCAGGUAGAGCUAAACCCCCAAGUGGUACACGCUGUUAAGAGAGCAAAUGUGAAAACAUUCCGGGAGGUUUUGAGUCUGUCUGGUCCCGACUUGCAGAGACUGGCCAAGCUGUCUCACGCUGAUGUGCAUCACCUGCAGAAAUACACAGAUGUUGAUGACUUUACAUUGAGGGGGGGCAUCCCCCUGCUGGGUAUCGUAGAGAUAUCUGGGGAGAGAUCAGCCGGCAAGACCCAGAUCUGCUUGCAGCUCUGCUUGUCAGCGCAGUACCCCCGGAAAUACGCAGGGGCUGUCUACAUCUGCACAGAAGAUACUUUCCCAACCAAGCGUUUACAGCAGAUGAGCAGUCUACAGCACAAGCUCAGGCCGGAGGUCCCAGCUGAUGUUCUUAAGAGCAUAACAUUUUGCAACAACAUCUGUGUCGAACAUGCAGGAGACGUGGACUCGCUGAAUGUCUGCAUCUCGAAGCGGGUUCCAAUCCUGUUCUCCAGAGGACUGGUGCGCCUGGUCGUGGUUGAUUCUAUAGCAGCUCUGUUCCGCUGUGAGUUUGAAGCCAAGGACGCACUCCUGAGAGCCAAGCAUCUGUUAGCAUUCAGAGCCACCCUUCACAGCCUGAGCCACAGAUUCAAGACACCCAUUCUGUGUUAAUCAGGUUGCAGAUGCAGUCAAUGAGUCUAAUUUGGCACAGAGCAAUUUUGGUCCCAUUGCAGGUGGUGAUCUCUGGAUUCAAUGUCUUCCCGCUGUUUCUGAAGUUUCAUGGGAAAAGUCUCCAUUCCAUCCAGAUCCCAGAUUCUGCGAGUCCAGGGUCCUCACUGCGCCAGGUCAGUAUGGCUGGCACUCAGACCUCGGGAGUCAGUCAGACUAUUAUUUCGUUCCUG